GGGAAGGACCGUGGGGCGCGACCAUGUGCGGAAUUUUUGCUUAUCUAAACUACAGAGUGCCUCGGACUCGGAAGGAAAUAUUUGAAACCCUGAUAAAAGGAUUACAGAGACUGGAAUACAGAGGAUAUGACUCUGCAGGAGUGGCAAUUGAUGGAAAUAAUAAUGAAGAUAAAGAAAGGUUCAUCAAACUAGUUAAGAAAAGAGGAAAAGUAAAGGCACUGGAAGAAGAAUUAUACAAACAAGAUGACCUGGAUUCAAAAGCAGAUUUUGAAACACACUUUGGAAUUGCUCAUACUCGCUGGGCGACCCAUGGAGUACCAAGUGCAAUAAACAGUCACCCUCAGAGAUCAGAUAAAAGGAACGAAUUCGUUGUUAUCCAUAAUGGAAUCAUCACAAAUUAUAAGGACCUGAGAAAAUUUCUGGAGAGCAAAGGCUAUGAAUUCGAAUCUGAAACAGAUACAGAAACGAUCCCCAAAUUGAUCAAAUACAUGUAUGACAACAGAGAGAGUGAGGAUACCAGUUUUUCAGCCUUGGUGGAAAGAGUUAUUCAACAGUUGGAAGGUGCUUUUGCAUUGGUUUUCAAGAGCAUCCAUUACCCAGGUGAAGCUGUUGCUACCAGGAGAGGGAGUCCUUUGCUCAUUGGGGUUAGGAGCAAGUACAAGCUCUCCACUGAACAAAUUCCUGUUUUAUAUAGAACGUGUAAGUUGACAGCUCUUAAAAAUAAUGUAAUUGGAUUUAAAAUUAUUUGUCUCAUUUCUUUAAUAGGCAACAUUGAGAAUGUGAAGAACAUAUGCAAUUCACGAAUGAAAAGACUGGACAGCUCUACCUGCCUUCAUGCUGUUGGGGAUAAGGCAGUAGAAUUUUUCUUUGCUUCAGAUGCAAGUGCUAUCAUUGAGCACACCAACAGAGUAAUUUUCUUAGAAGAUGAUGACAUUGCAGCAGUAACUGAUGGGAAGCUUUCAAUUCACCGUCUCGAGCGUUCAGCUACUGAUGAUCCUUCCCGGGCUAUCCAAACCUUGCAGAUGGAAUUGCAGCAAAUCAUGAAGGGUAACUUCAGUGCAUUCAUGCAAAAGGAAAUUUUUGAACAACCGGAAUCAGUUGUCAAUACCAUGAGAGGCAGGGUGAAUUUCGAGAGCAGCACAGUUCUGCUGGGGGGGCUGAAGGAUCAUUUGAAAGAAAUCAGAAGAUGCCGAAGACUGAUCAUUAUUGGCUGUGGGACCAGUUACCACGCUGCAGUAGCUACUCGACAAGUAUUGGAAGAAUUAACUGAAUUACCAGUGAUGGUGGAACUUGCUAGUGACUUCCUGGAUAGAAACACACCUGUAUUCAGAGAUGACGUGUGCUUUUUUAUAAGUCAGUCAGGUGAGACUGCAGAUACACUUAUGGCCUUGAGGUAUUGUAAAGAGCGUCGUGCUCUAACAGUUGGCAUCACAAACACGGUCGGAAGCUCAAUAUCCAGGGAGACUGACUGUGGUGUACAUAUCAAUGCAGGACCUGAGAUAGGUGUGGCAAGCACAAAGGCUUAUACCAGCCAAUUCGUGUCUCUUGUAAUGUUUGGCCUAAUGAUGUCUGAAGACAGAAUUUCCUUGCAGAAAAGGAGACAGGAAAUCAUUAGUGGACUAAAAUCUUUGCCAGAGAUGAUUAAAGAAGUCUUGUCCUUGGAUGAGAAGAUACAUGAUUUGGCUCUUGAACUGUACAAACAAAGAUCACUGCUGGUUAUGGGUCGUGGGUAUAAUUAUGCCACUUGUCUGGAAGGAGCUCUGAAAAUAAAAGAAAUCACCUAUAUGCACUCUGAAGGUAUCCUGGCUGGUGAGCUGAAACACGGGCCAUUAGCCCUAAUAGAUAAACAAAUGCCUGUUAUCAUGGUGAUAAUGAAGGAUCCUUGUUUCACCAAGUGCCAGAAUGCUCUGCAACAGGUCACUGCUCGACAGGGUCGUCCAAUUAUUCUGUGUUCUAAAGAAGAUACAGAAAGCUCAAAAUUUGCCUACAAAACCAUUGAGCUGCCUCAUACAGUUGACUGCCUUCAAGGAGUCUUGAGUGUUAUUCCUCUCCAGUUGCUUUCAUUCCACCUGGCUGUUCUCAGAGGAUACGACGUGGACUUUCCAAGAAAUUUGGCCAAAUCUGUUACCGUAGAAUAACAGCCAAGAACAGCUGAUGUUUUUGUCACCAGACCUCUGAGUUAUACUUGUAGAAAUGUGUUGUUUUGAAUUGAUAGGUACACAUUUUUCUAAAGAGAAUGACAGUGCUAACUGGAAAGCGUCAGAAGGAUUUAUCUUGCAGCUUUAAAAGCUUUUGAUGUGCCUUGUACCCAAGUGCUUUUGCUCACAGCAAAUAUUCCUCUAAGUCCUGAAAUCGCCAAAGAUAAAAAUUGUUUACACAUGGUAUACUGAAUGAACUUUUCUACUGUGCAAUAUAUAUAUACAGCUCUCUUCAGAGUAACUGUGAACUUUUUUUUUAGCCUACACAACUAGUUUUAAAGAUAUAGUAUUUAUAACUACAAUUGUAUAGCUUUUUUAAGUUAUUUUUUUAGUACAUUGCUUAUCUGUAGCAGUGGUAAUGCUCAGAAUGUAAAUACUGAGCAUGUUGAUGCUUGUGUACAGUUGUUAGGGUUUUUUUCCUACUUCAGCCUCAAACUGGAAAUUUGUUGUCCCUCUUCCUCCCCAGCUUUCCCUCCCCCCUUUGCAUCUGUGUUUCAUAUUUAACCAGUCAAUUGCAAAGCUCUUCUGUGGCUGUAAAUUCCCAGCUAUGUUUUAGAUUUCUGCUUCUUUCAACUAAUUAUUUGAAAAGCCAGAGCAACAUUUUGUUUUGUAUGCCACCCCAGCUCUUAUUUGCAUAACAUGUACAGUGUGACAAAAUAAGGGAACUGGAUGUCUUUCAAGUGAUAUUUCUGUUUUAAGAGUGUACAAUGAAAUUAC